AUCAAAGAAGAGUCAAGAAUCGUACCGUUGACCGGCGACGUCAUCACUUUUGACUCCUCCCAGUGCCCUCCGCGCACUUUAAAUCCACCCACCCCCGCAACCCACACCCCAUCCUCCUCCCUCUUAUGCGUACGUCCGCAUAACAAGACCCCUCCCCACCAUGGGACAACCAGGUGCGGAGCAGCGUCCCCGGCGCCGGCGAUUACCGGAGCCGUUGGAGGUGAGGUUACCGCCCCUGUUCCGGUGCCCCAUCUCACUGGAGGUGAUGCGGUCGCCGGUGAGCCUGUGCACCGGGGUCACCUACGACCGCUCCUCCAUCCAGCGGUGGCUCGACUCCGGCCACCGCACCUGCCCCGCCACGCGCCUCCCCCUCCCCUCCACCCACCUAGUCCCCAACCUCGCCCUCCGCCGCCUCAUCCUCUCCGCCGCCGCCGAAGACGACGACGGCGGUGGGCGAUCCGACCCCUCCGCCGCGGAGAUCGCGUCGCGGAUAGCGGCGGCGGGGGAGGGCGGGGAUUCGGAGGCGGCGGUUCGGGUUUUGGCGCUGAUGCUGGGGUCGGAUCGGGUCGGGAAGGGCGAUAAGGAGAGCGCGAUCGCCGCGCUCGUCGCGGAUCUGGACCGAUCCGUCUCGGCGCUCCUCGCGGUCGUGCGGAACGGGCGGGGGAUCGGGUCCCGGAUCGACGCCGUUAGGGUUCUGGAGUCGAUCCUAGCGUCGCCCGCUAGGGUUUGCGGCGAGGAGUCGAGGGCCGCGAUCGCGGAGAGGGAGGAGCUGUUCCCGGAGCUGGUGAGGAUGAUGGGGGAGGGAGGGGCGGCGGCGGAGGCGGCGAUCGGGUGCAUGGCGGCGGCGGCGGCGGCGGGGAAGAGGAGGGCACGGGCGCGGAUGGUCGGGCGGCGGGGGGGCGGCGCUGGCGGGCGAUCGCGGGCGGAGGUGUCGGCGGCGGCGGCGGAGCAGGGGAUGGCGCUGGUGGGGCGGAGCGGGGUGCGCGGACGGGAGGGUGGCAUCGCGGGGGAACCGGCAGCGGUGGUGGGGGCGCUGAUGGGGAGGAUCACGAGGGUCGAGGCCGUGGGGAGGGAGGCGGCGGUGGCGGCGCUGUGGGCCGUGUGCUGCGGCGGCGGCGGAGGAGGGGGCGAUAAGAGGGCGAGGGAGGCAAUGCUGGCGGUGCCGGGGGGGCUGGGGAAGUUACUGGAAGUGAUGCAGCGGGAGUGCUCGCCCGCGGCGGCGCGGAUGGCAGGAGAUCUCCUCCGAAUAAUUUACACGGCGGGUGCGGUAAAGAACGGCGGCCUCGCCGGAUUCGAUAGCAAGACAAUUCAUGUAAUGCCAUACUAGAACAAUGUAGAAUUUCAUUACGGAGUUUAGAAAUACAAACUGCUUUCGGAGAAUAAGGGUAUAUUUGUUUUUCUGGGGUUGGAAGAGGGCAGAGUUUGCGAGUUCCGGGCAAUGCACCCAAUCUUAGACUACUUCACCGUAGAAUGGGGCAAAAUGGUGGCUUCCAUGCUGUACACAAAGUCGGUGCCGGUGGUCACAAACCGUUUUCUCUCAUCAGCUCCCAGCCUCCAAUCUGUGAGUUCGUCGAUUUCCCGCAAUCGUCUGUACUUGCAGUUCAGCAAGGUGAAGGAUUUUCGUGGCGGAGAUUGGAUGAAACAAACAUGCCCUAGAAUAGUAUAGGUGGAUAAAUAUAUAAAUAUAUGCUUGUAAAAAUGAAUAAAGAUUUUUUAUUUAGUGGAAUGCAGUGUAAAAGGAAGAAUUAGAAGGAAAGAAACUAAUUCCAUUUUGACGAUCGUUAUCUGAGAAUGCAGAUAUGUAUAAAGCAAUGCUACCGGUA